AUGUACAAUUCUUCAUCACCCAACAUUAAUGAUGAAAAUGUUGAACAACAAUUAUCUCAGGAAUAUUCAGAUAAAUCAUAUCAUCAUAUGCAACCGGUGUCUUUCAUAUGUAAUUCACAAUCAACAAUUGAUAUUAAUCAUCCAGAUCCAUCAUUGUCUCAUGUACGUGAUCCAAGGUUUGAUAUUCAUCAAACUACUAAUCGACCAUUGUCAUCGAUACACAAUUCAAUCACAAGCAAUAAUAAUGAUUAUGUAGUACAUGUUACUUCAACAGAGUUACCAGUCAAAAAACGUCGAGAUGCUGCUUGUACAUUAGUUGCUCCAUCAACUGCACCACUUCCUCGUAAACGAUUUAAUCCAGCUGCUCAAAGUACAGCAGCUACAAUGAUGAAUAAUACUAGUGGAGGUGAAAAUAUACUUAGUUCAAGAGCAGUGAAUGCAGCUACAAGAUCCAUUUCUGAAGCAACACAAAAUAGAUUUAAUCAGAUGUUGAAACCAUUAAUAAAGUUAUGUGAAGAAACAAAUCAAUUAGUAAAAGAUAUGUUGAAACAAAUGACAGAACAAGCACAUUUAAUCAAAGAAUUGCCUAAUGCUCCACGUGAAUUACAAAAAACAACUGAACAAUUAUCUUACAUUGUUCAUAUGCAAGCUAAAGUAUUACAAACAUCACAACAAAAUGAUGAAGAGGAUUUAAUAUUUAAAUUAAAUGGAACUGAUUUGAGUCAUAUUGCACGUGGUCCUUCAUUGAAUGUAACAGCUAGAUCUUUAGUUCGUGCUGCAUACGGUGAAAAAGCAUCAUUCAACGAUUUUGCUCCAGGAGAAUUUGAUCGUCUUUUAGUUUUAACUCAAUCAUCAUCAUAUCAACAACAACAACAAAGAUCAAUUAUAAAUAAUUUAAAUAAUGAUAUUAUAUCAUUUUCAACUGAUAAUCGUCUUUAUGGAAAUAUAAAAUUUAUAUUUUAUUUAUUUUUAAUAAAUCAAUCAUUUAACAAUACAAAUAUUAUUAAAUAA